AUCUCAAUAUGACUUGUCGGUUCUCUCUUCCGGGCUCAUUGAGAAUUGUGAUAUCAAGAUCUCAGCGCCUUGACCUUGGCCAGACGCAAGACCAGCGUACAGUUGCAGGCAACCCUUACCUGGCUUCACAGCUCGACUCAAUAUAUUACCAGUUCUCUGGAGCGACACAGGCGGUGCUGCUUUUACCAAAAGCCCUGACGAGCAUGCUGUCACACGGACGGACUUCAGCUUCGCAAUGGCUGAGGUCAUGGCUUCUCAUAACAGGACUACCCCUUGUCACACAUAUCCAACUAGUCGCUGCGCAGACGGCUGUCUCAACACUCUUUGUCCCAGACACCAACACCAUCAUCUCGGUCAACCUGGUCCCAGACUCUGAAGACAUCAACUUUUAUGUCUCAACACCAGACUGGUACCAAUAUACAGCCAUUGGCUUCGGAGCUUCCAUGCCCAAUGCCCUGAUGCUGGUUAUGUAUGCUUCCGGAGACCGCAAAGGCGUGACAGUCAGUCCGCGGAUAGCUACGGGCAACAUGGAGCCAGUCUGGUCCCCCAGCGUCGAGCUCACCCUUCACUCGUCUACCAUCGACGAAUACUCCGACAUGGUCGUCAACGGCACCUGCCACAGGUGCCGACCUCUGAUUAAACAAAUAGAUUCGGCCUCGCCCAUGAUGUUCGCCGUCGGCCCGAGCCUCGACCUCAGCUCAGACGAGCCAGACGCCCGGAUACGCCGCCACAUCGCCUACGGCCAAUUCACGAUGGACCUCGUCCGAGCCACCGGGCCGGGCGGCAUCGGCUCCGGCUUCUCGGGCAACGCAUCCUCGGGCGCGACCCUGGCCGCCGACGGGCUGCGGCAGGAUAGCAACAAGGCCGCCACGGCGCACGGCAUCCUGUACGCCAUCGUCGCGCUGGCCGUCGCCCCGUUCGACUCGCUUGUCGCGGGCGCCCUGGGGAGCAGGUGGGCGUGGCUGCACGGUGUCACCGCGAGCGUGUAUCUUGCGUUUGUCUUUGGCGCCUUGGUGCCUGGGGUGCUCGUUAGUCGGGAGCAUGUGGCGACUCGGCAGUUUCGCACCGGCCACCAAGUGAUCGGCCUGCUGACCAUCGUGGCCAUGACGCUCAUGUUCGUCUGGGGUCUCUCGCUGUCUUGGAUUAAAGGCUCGGCCAAGAAGCGGGGGCAGGAACCGCCCGAGAGUACCCGUCUACUGGGGGUCACCCAUCGCUGGAUUUGCCGGGUAAUCUGGGUUCUUUUGUUGGUUAAUGUCGGACUGUAAGUCUUGCGCCAUCGGUUUGAUGAUGUUGUAAUGGCCUUCGCUAACGUGUCACCCAGGGGUCUCAAACUGUCGGAGCACAGGAUGGUAUUGCUUCUAGCCUACGUGGCGGUUGCUCUCGGUCUAAUCGUCAUCCUCGUGCCCGUCUAUUUUUGCAUCUGGAGGUGCUCGAAGAAGAGGGAGGGGAAGGAGAACGGAAUGCAUGAAUUGCAUACCAUCUAUGACCAUAACUACCGGUGAUCGAAGGGCUGGCCCUGCGAUACGGUGGUACUAGUUCAAACGGUGCCGGUUGGUGAGCCUGGAGUUGUCCCUGGACAAAACUUGAAGUUUGAUAGGCUUCAGGGGAACUACGUUAUUUUGGAUCCAGUGAUCUUCCUGGUCUGGGAUCCCAUUCCUGCGCAAUUCAAAUAAAUGCCUCUUAAGAAUCGUCA